GCAGCCAAACCCCAACGACCCGGCAGUCAGAAGCUGGCGAGGCAGCACCACGCGAGGCAGGCAGCUCCCCCAACCCGACACCCUCCCUCCCGUCCGUCUCCACCCCACCACCCUCCCCGUGCGCGCGCGCGUGAGGCGCUGCUCCCUUUCUUUGCAUGUGAAGAGGGAGAGAGAGGGAGUGGGAGAAGGAGAGCAAUGCCGAUCGCGUUCGAGUGCGGGCGGCGGGGCGGCGGCGCCAGCUUGGGCAACCGGGGCCAGUGCCACGCGCCGCCGCCGGCGGGCUGCGGGUCGUCGUCGACGGGGCGGGGCAGCGACAGCAGGGCGGCGGUGGUGCAGUGGGAUGAGGAGGAGGACGGCGACGGGGAGGUGCAGAGCUCGUACAGGGGACCCUUCGACACCAUGGACGCGCUCCAGGAUGCACUGCCCAACAACAGGAGAGCAAUAUCCAAAUUCUACAAUGGCAAGUCAACUUCUGUGGCAGAUGUUGCGGAUGCCGUAUCCUCACCUCAACCUGCAAAAGACCUUGCCCAUCCUGAAAAUCCAUCCCCUAAGAAGCGCAAGGGUCUUCUUCCAUUCGGUUUCAGCUGGAACAAGUCGCGGAGCAAGGAGUCAAGGCCGCCCAGAGGUGGUAUCGUCAACAGCUCAAACAGUUGCAGGCAGACAUUGUCUCCAGCUGUGUCAAGCUGCGCUCCACGCAACAGCAGGAGCGACAAUGCUGCUGCUGCUGCUGCUUCUGCACUUCGACCUCAGUUGAUCUCAGUCCAGAUGAAGUCUGUUUCAGUGGCUGGUCUGCAGGACGCGGCGGAGUCCACUGCCUCGACUUCUCCCAGAGAGAAGCGCAGGAAGAGUUUGCAGUAGUGACAGUUUCGCCAGUCCAGCUCCACCCACUGGUGUCCAAAUUAGACUGCGGAAUCCAGUAGCCGGUGCUCUCGUAUCCAGUGCGAUGCGUUGUAAGGUUCGAUUGCAAUUGUGUAUAGCAAAUGCCAAGUUUCUUCUCCCUAUACAUAACAUAAUGGUAGAGAUACCGAGCUUGGGAAAGUAAUCCGUAAACUGAUAGGUUACUUG